AAAAAAAAAAAUAGAAAUUUAAUUGUCAUGUGGAAAAAGCUCUAAAAGCUAAAAUAAUAAAUUUAUUAAUUUGCUGGUUUUGUAUGUCGUUGCCACGUACAUACAGAAUUGAAUGGUAAAAAUAAAAAAUGGUUUAAAGUGGGGGAGACAUAUAAGAUUCUUGGUGGCAUAGUCAGUCGCUCCAGUAGUAAUCACUAGUCAUCACGCAUUGCAUCCACAAUCGAAACGGCCGUGGAAUCAUUAAUAAUUAAAAAAAAAAAAUUCUAAAUGAAUAAUUAUUAAACUUGAUUUUAAAAGUUUAAUAAUAAAUUUACGAUUACUUAUAACCGUGACGCAUUAAUGAAGACUGCGGAAAUAAUUCUGUUCAUUGCCUGCUUCGGGGCGGUAACUGCACUGACGAGAAAGCAGGAGGCAUCUGAAUUAAGUAGACGUAAAAUAGCCUCACCUGGUCUUCGUAGACAAUCAACAACAACAACAACAUCAGCAUCAAUUGUAACAACUGAUAAUAGUGAAGAAUAUGAUGACAUUGAAUUACCAGAACAAUGUCCAGAACCAAAUGGUUUUUUUCCAGAUCCAGAACAAUGUGAUAAAUAUUUCGAUUGUCGUGAUGGUAAAUUUACUGUAAAACUAUGUCCAGAUGGUCUUGUAUUUAAUGAUUUUAGUCCAGAACAUGAAAAAUGUGAUUUACCAUUUGGUAUUGAUUGUACCAAACGUCCAAAACGACAACCACCACAGCCAUCAAUAAAUUGUCCAAGAAUGCAUGGUUAUUUUGGUCAUGAAGAUCAAACAAUUUGUGAUACAUUUUAUUAUUGUGUUGAAGGAAAAUUUAAUACAAUAAAAUGUCCAGAUGGUUUAGUAUUUUCUGAAAAAACUGGAAUUUGUAAUUGGCCAGAUGAAGCACAAAAAAAAGGUUGUGGAUCACGUGAAUUAUUUAAUUUUACAUGUCCAAUUGUUGAUGAUUCAAUAAAAGCAACACAUCCACGUUAUCCAGAUAGUGAAGAUUGUCAAUUUUUUUAUGUAUGUGUUAAUGGUGAAAUACCAAGAAGAAGUGGAUGUAAACUUGGACAAGUAUUUGAUGAAACAACUGGUAGAUGUGAUUGGGCACGAAAAAUACCAGAAUGCAAAGACUGGUACAAGGAUCGUUUGACCGAUGCUGAACUGGAUGCUCUUGAAAAUCCACCACAAAAAGUUAAAACCACUAGUGGUGGUUCUAGCAGACGAAAGUCAUCAAGACCAUCAACUACACCAUCAAAUUAAUUAUAAUUUUUUUAAUUUUUAUAUUUUAUAUUCAUUGUGAUGAGAUUUAUGUAUUUGACAAAUUCUACAUCACUAAUUAGAAAUUAUCCUUUUUUUAUCAUUCAAAUUUAAUUCAUCAAUUUUGUACUGAAUAAAUAUUUUCAAUUAUUAUUAUUUGAUAUAGUUGAUUAAAUUUAAAAAAG